CUGAUAAUCAGGGGGAGGGCAGUGAGCUGGUUAGAGAGGAAAAGAAGAGCACCGGCUGGCUCUCUGUACAACUCUGCUUCUCGCCUAUUGAGAAAUGGAUAAUGCUGUUGAUGGACUAGACAAGGCUUCGAUCGCAAACUCAGACGGACCCACAACAGGUUCUCAAACACCUCCCUUCAAGAGAAAGGGGAAACUGUCCACCAUAGGCAAAAUCUUUAAGCCUUGGAAAUGGAGAAAAAAGAAGACCAGUGACAAGUUUAGAGAAACCUCAGCAGUGUUAGAAAGGAAGAUUUCUACAAGACAAAGUAGAGAGGAGCUGAUAAGAAGGGGAGUGCUUAAGGAAUUGCCUGAUCAAGACGGAGAUGUAACGGUAAACUUUGAAAAUUCAAAUGGGCAUAUGAUAUCGAUCGGCGAGGAAACCAUACAGGAGGAAAAUGUAGUAAAGUCUGAAGAAGGUAAUGGCUCUGUGUCUGCGAAAGCUACAUCUCUGGAAGAAAAAACAGAAGAUAAGAAAGAGAACCCUGAAAACUGUUCUGAAACAUCGACACUCCCCGUUCCUGGUCCACCUCCUCCUAAACCUAAGCCUAAAUCCAAACCCAAAAAAACAACGGCCCCACCCAAAGGCACUACAGCUGUGGGCAGCCACAAGGGUGACGAAGCACCUGCUGUUAAAAAAAAUGCCAAGGCUCCCAGUAAGCAGCCCCCUGUCCCUCCACCCAAGCCGACAAGUCGCAAUGUGAAUCGGGAGGCCGCAAGCUCCUCUCAUUUAAAAAAAGCAAGUGUCUCCAAGUCGGCAUCUUCACCAUCAACUUCGUCUUCCUCAUCUCGUCCCAAAGCUGCUAAGGAGCCAGCAUCUAGCAAAACAGGGAUAGCGGGAACUACAAGAGGCAAGAAAAAAACCGGGAAGCAGUCAGCGACCCGAACACCAACAGAUGGAGCUACUUCUGGCUUAGCCAACACCUCAGGAGAUCAUUUAGACACCAAGGAGGAAAAACUUAAGCUAGAGCAAACUCUCCCCACUUCUGAAGAGCAGAAUUCUGAUGACCAACAGAGCCAGCCUGUGGUUCCACCCCCACCUACAGCUCCUCCACCUCCUCUUCCUCCUCCUCCCCCCACCCUUCCUCUCUCUCACACGAGUCAGUGCGCUCUUUCCUCGGACACUCCAGUUGUGACAAUUAACAGUGGGGGCGGCCCGCCUUCCUCUGACUUGGACUCCACUCAUCCUCUCUGGACUGAAGAGCCGACCAACAAAACCACUGCCCCAUCAGAUCCUGGCCUUGAUGUUAGCAGAGAAAGGGUGAAAUGUCUCAACAGUUUGACAACCAAAGAAGAGCUGGUAAAGGAAACCCCUUGCCUCGUGAUUCCUGUGUUGAUGGGAGAGACCUUCAAUACUUCCAGGGCUGAAGGUCACCGAGAGAGCCAGAUCAAUGAUUCUGAUUCUGAUGGACCCAUUCUCUACACCGACGAUGAGGAUGACGAUGAUGAGGAUGACACCAGCGGUGAAAGCACUUUGGCAAGUAAAAUACGUCGUAGAGAUACACUCGCUAUCAAACUUGGCAACAGACCAUCGAAGAAAGAAUUGGAAGACAAGAACAUCUUGCAGCGAACAUCUGAAGAGGAGAGACAGGAAAUCAGACAACAGAUUGGAACAAAGCUAGUCAGGAGACUUAGCCAGAGGCCUACAACAGAAGAACUAGAGCAAAGAAAUAUCCUUAAGCAAAAGAAUGAGGAAGAAGAACAAGAAGCAAAAAUGGAACUAAAACGCAGGCUCAGCAGAAAGCUCAGUCUGAGACCUACAGUGGCAGAGCUGCAGGCCAGGAGAAUCCUACGGUUCAACGAGUACGUGGAGGUCUCGGACUCCCCAGACUAUGACCGGCGGGCAGACAAGCCCUGGGCCAGGCUAACUCCUGCAGAUAAGGCAGCAAUAAGAAAAGAACUAAAUGAAUUUAAAAGCACAGAAAUGGAAGUACAUGAAGAGAGUCGACAGUUUACAAGGUUUCAUCGUCCAUAAUGUAAUGGAAGACUAUUGUGAAACAAAUACUGAUAACCUUUGGGGAAAGUGAUGCUUCCUGAAGACCUGAUAUUGCACUGGAAUGAGAGAGAGAGAGGAGAGAGUGUGUGUAUGUGUGUGGGUGUGUGUGUGUGUAUGCUACAGCUUAACAUGUGGUUAAAGAAGAGAGUGACCUUCAACUUUAUUGAAGAAGGUGUACUCCCCUUUAUUAGAGAGCUCCAAUGCUGGAGGAAAGGGAAAGUGCACAGUGAUCCUUUCUUCCUAGCAACUGUGUUGAUAAUAAGAAGUAUUAUGGUUUCCAUCACCAGUUCAUGUGGUUUUGUUAAUUUUUCUUCAUCAGAAUUUUUGACCGAGGAAGAUUAGCAGAAGACAAUCAUUGGGCUUCCUGAUGCCAGGAACUCAAACCUUACAGCAUGAUAUUCAAGGAAAACUGGGAGUGGGAUUGUGGGGAGCGAGACGGGGAGGGGAGGGAAAAUAAGAAAAAGAGCACUUCACUUGUUAAGUUAGCAAAGAAAUGAGGAAAGAAUGAUAGUGACAGUUACAAAAUAGGAACUCAUGGACUUAUCCUGUGGGAAUUUCUUAAGACUCCUCCUAUCCCAGGAAUAUCGUUCUCAUUUCAUGAGUACUAAAAUACCGUUCAGUAGUUUCAGUUUGUGGUGCCAGUGAACCCAGUUGCCAGAAAUAAGUUUCUGAAUGUAUUCAUGCAUAUUUUCCUUAAAUACAGGAGGCUUAUACAGACUCUAACAAGCAUGCUUAAAAAAUAUGUUGCAUGUUCAAGUAGCAUAGCUAUACAUGCUUUACAUUUUUUAUACUCUUACCCGGUGUACCUUCAACAGCAAGCAUUAGGAUUUCAGGAGCAGGAAUUAAGGGCAGAUACAACAGAACCCUGUGUUUCUGGAUGAGAAAUGUUACUCUUGGUCUGUCCCACAAGUUUUGGUUUCUCAACAUUACAAGCAUCCCCUGAUUGGAGAUAGAGGGUAUUGACUAACAUGACAUCCUUCUAUUCUGAAUCCAAACAAAAACAUUAUAGAUACAAGUGUACUGUUUUGACUAGGCCUGGACAGUGAUGAACAAGCCUACAGUUUUUUUUAGCUUAAGUGCUGCAUUAAGUAGAUCCCUUGAAUCACUGCUACCAAAAAAAAAAGAAAUGUGAAUCAAUAAAUACUUAUUGAGGGCCUUUAGAAAACUGCCUGUUAAAUUGUGUGUGAAGAAUGCCUAGUUGCUUCUUUAAAACUCUGUAAAUUGCAUUUGGUAAUACAUGAGUACAUUUUAUCAAAGUAAAAUUGUCAGUAACAUUAGAGUUUUCAAAGUAACAUGUGGCUUCAUUAUGAAGUUGAACCUACAUAAGGUCUUUCACCAUCUUAGAGCAUUGUUUACACAAAGAAAUUUUUUAAUGUCUUACAUGCUAACAACUUUCCUUUGAGUAGUGUUCACAGAAUGACAUUUCUGUUCCCAGUGCCCAUCGUCGCCAUACUUGUUCUCUUUAUCCUUUUUCAAAAGGGAAAGCAAUUGGAAAUUUUUUUUAAACACUUAAAAUCAGAAUGGUAAUGCAAUAUGGAUAAUAGCUUUGCUUUUUCACCCCAGAGUUUGGGAUGGAUUCUCUGGCAUUUUGCAGUUCAGAAUAUGGAGAUUGUAAUUUUAGAUUUCAGACCAGAAGCAAGCAUGCAAUCUAGUAGCUAAAUUUAGAUAUUUUCAAGAACAACUAAAUGUGGAGCUGUUGGAUCAUUUUUUAUAAAAGACUUAAAAAAAUCAUCUGGGUCCUCUUUAUUGGAAGUAGUUUAACCCAAUGACUUUAUUGGGGUUAUAUGUUGGUGUGACAUUGGGACAUUUUCAGAUUCUGUUUAACACUUUGCAGGAUAAUAAUGGGGAAAAUUAAUAAUUAGAAUAGCCAGUAAUUUAGAAUUGAAUUAGAAUUGAAUUAGAAUUAGAAUAGAAUCGAUUGGGAAUGUUAAAAGCACAGAAAAAAAAUUAACAGAUUCUGUGUUAUUUUCUGUAAAUAGAGAAGGUAGUUUUGUUGCAACAAGUAAACAGUGCAAAAGAAGGAUCUUCAUUUUCAUUUAGAAUCUGAUGACUUUCAUUCCAGAUAAUGGGAUUCCAUUCCAUUGCAUUAUUCUCUAAGUAACAAAUAAGCCCAGUUCUGUCUUUUGGUGUUACAAUCAUGAAAAACCUCACUGAGAAGAAGACUUACGUUACACUGUGUCAUUUACGCUGUGUGUGUUUUUCACUGUUAUGUGCGAAUGCUCACAGCCAAUUUCUCAAACAGCAUGUUGUGUUCUAUCCAGAUAGAUGUGCAUUGUCAUUAGAAUGCUCCCUAACAGUGCUCUCUCCAAAACACGUAACACAUAUGGUAGUUGCCUUGCUGAAAACCCUCAUGUUAUCAAAAGCUUGAUGCCAAGUUAUCAAUGGUAACGUAGGCAUUGGGAAAAAACGGUUGGAAAUUAAUGGAAAUAGUUCCCAGGUCUUUCACCGUGGGUGAAAUUCAAGAGGGUUUAUGGAAGAUGAAAAAAAAACCUACCAAAGUUUGUUUUAAGCAAUCUGCUUUGCCUGAUCUUUUCUCUAGCACUUAUCAAUAGGUUAUUAGCAUCUCAAUUUUCAACCACUUAAAGUCACCAGUAAACAGUUGUAAACUGGGUUCUUUUGUUAAUGUUUAUGAAGUACAGAUAAAUGUUGCUUUGCGAUUCAUGCUUUUAGAAGGCAUUCCUUGAAGAGUCACAGAUGUAUUAUAAUAGCUGUGUUCCCUGUUUUUCCACUACACCCUAUCCAAACUGUGCUCUAAAAUAUAGUGUUCUUGCAAGAAUGCUUGUUUUGAUAAAAGGAGAUAUUCUCGUUAGUCAAAAAUGGAAGGGUUAAGUAGUCCAGUUCUCCUCUUCCUAAAGUGGGAAUGCCCACAGGCAUGAAGAGGAAAAUCUGUUUGGCCCAGUACUUUGUUCCCAGUAUGGGAUUGAUCUCACCUGAGCAUAUACUGUCAUCUACUGCAUAUCCCAUUUUGUGCUUUGUUAAAGCCAGACUUGGAAGAAAAGCAACAUAAAGCUGGAAAGGCAGGAUAUGUUUACCAAAAUAGCCAUUCUGAUCCCUUUAUAUAAUAGGAAACUCAAUUCAUUAUUCUGCAAGUGGGGGGACAUUAAAUUCAUGACUGUGAGCCAAUUUGUAUUCUGAACAGCAAGGCUUUAACAAUUGUUUAUUUAUUAUUAUUAUUAUUGUAAGUACCAGACCGCCUCACCAUCAGCCCAGUUUCCAGGGACAGUGAAUGUAGAAAUGUGUAGUUGGUGCUUUCCAAACAAUCCUGACUCACCUCUCACCAGUCAUUCUAUAACCACUGACCUCCUUUUUGCCUGCCUUCUUAAUAUGGGAGAACCUAUGAAAGCUCCCCAUCCAUGUGUGUGGCUCAGUGGAAAGAGCACAGGCUUUGGAGUGAGAGGUCAUGGGUUCAAAUCCCGGCUCCACCAAUU